CGGUGUGUAAAGCAGACACACAUACACACACACUUUCGUGUUAUGUAGUGUGUCUGGAAGGCAUAAUUGACACCAUGGCUGUGAAGAAGCAACACUUACGGGUCUUCUGGAGCGGAAGAGGCGACUGUUUCAUGUGAUUUUUCUCCCCUGAGACAUCACGUAACUGAAGAAAAGCUCAUAGAACUGUUGACGUUUCCGCAGACGGCGGUUGUUGUUGUUGUCGGCGGUAUUAUAGCAUUGUUAGCAAGCUAGCUGCUAAGCUAACAGGUCCCUUCUGCUAAGCCUGUUGUUGUCAGCGGUUGGUUAGCAUCGUUAACAGCUAAGCUAAGCAGGUCCCCCUCUGCUCAGCUUGGCCGGGUUUGGACGGUGGGAGCCCGGGCUGGUGGGUGAUGUUGUCCGUGCUCUCGUACGGUAGAUUGGUAGCCAGAGCUGUCAUCGGCGGACUCUCUCAAACCGACGGCCGUGACUACAGCCUGGUGACAGCGAGCUGCGGCUUCGGGAAGGACUUUCGGAAAGGCAUCCUAAAGAAAGGGAUGUGCUAUGGGGACGACGCGUGCUUCAUCGCCCGACACAGAUCCGCCGAUGUUCUGGGUGUAGCAGACGGAGUAGGUGGCUGGCGGGACUACGGAGUGGACCCGUCUCAGUUCUCCGGGACGCUGAUGAAGACGUGUGAGCGGCUGGUGAAGGAGGGACGCUUUGUCCCUAGUAACCCAGUGGGAGUCCUCACCAGCAGCUACUACGAGCUGCUGCAGAACAAAGUGCCGCUGCUGGGCAGCAGCACGGCCUGCAUCGUGGUGCUGGACCGGCGGAGCCACCGGCUGCACACGGCAAACCUCGGGGACUCUGGGUUCCUGGUGGUCCGGGAGGGGGAGGUGGUGCAUCGCUCCGACGAGCAGCAGCACUACUUCAACACGCCCUUCCAGCUGUCCAUCGCCCCCCCGGGGGCUGAGGGGGCCGUCCUAAGUGACAGCCCGGAGGCGGCGGACAGCUCCUCCUUUGACGUGCAGCUCGGCGACAUCAUCCUCACGGCCAGCGACGGGCUCUUCGACAACAUGCCCGACUACAUGAUCCUGCAGGAGCUCAAGAAACUCAAGAACACGAACAUAGAGAGCGUGCAGCAGACGGCGCGCAGCAUCGCAGAGCAGGCCCACGUCCUGGCGUACGACCCCAACUACAUGUCGCCUUUCGCUCAGUUCGCCUGCGACAACGGCCUCAACGUGAGAGGGGGAAAGCCUGAUGACAUCACAGUGCUGCUCUCUAUAGUGGCAGAAUACACCGACUAGAGUCUGCAGCUGAUGGACUGCUUUGAAUCCUGCUGGCCAGGAUGAAGGAUAGACUCUUCCCAGCAUGCACUGGCUCUCCAGCUGACCCCCCCCAAAAAAGACUCCUGUAGGCCCUCUUCUCCAGAGAGACGCUGGAUAACAGAGGGGGGGGCUGGAAGGCCCGGACUCGUGCUCUGGGACCGGCUGGAGUGAUCCUAUUUCUGAGGAUCAGCAGGCGAGGAUGAAUGGUCUCUGAUGGAGGUUUGUGGGAGGAGCUUCAGAUGUAGGCGGACAGCACGCUGUUAAAGGUGCUCCAUGUCAGUAGAGAUCUGCUCAGGAGGCGGCAUUAGGAAGGGAUGCACCGGUUGGGAAAUUAUGAGCUAAAAUCAACGUUUUUGACUGUAUUUUUACCCUUUUUGUGCCACGGAAACUAAAAACAUAACACAACGUUAAUCAUAAAACAGCCCCUCAUUAUCUUUGACUGCCAACAACAUAAACUAUCAUUUAUGGCAUAGCCUUCAUUUACUUGAAUAAUUUAAUUUUCCUCUCCUCAUUUUUGGAUAAUAAGUGCUUUUUAAGCUGCUAAAAACUCCCUAUAAAUGUCCCCCUCUCUGCUGCAGAGGGUGGAUAACAGAGGACAUUAUUUCUCUAAUAUCAGUGUUGCAUUCACGCACACAGCCGCCAUGUUUUCCCGUUUUAAUUGUAACUAAAAGAGUCCUAGAUACACCUAAUGAAUGACAUAACACUUCAUUUUGACGGGAUGAAAUGAAUGCAACGCAGCAGAUAAACAUCGGCUCAUGACCUGGGCAAACAUCAGCAAAUAUUAACGGCAGUUACAAGGAGAAUAUCGGCCAAUAAAUCGGUGCAUCCCUGAUUUUAGGGCUCAAUAAAUGCUGCCUCUAGUUAAUCCUAAGUAUACAAUGGUAGAUAAAAAGGUGCAGGGAGCGUAUGUUAGAGUAGGGGAUGACCGUGUGCUGUUCUGGGAUGUUUUGGAUAGAGCAUAUGUCACAUUUCUACAUCUGCCAGGGUAUCCAAUAAGACUUCAUGAAGACGAGCAGCAGCUGUGCUUCAGUUUUACUUCAUGUUUAAACGAGGAUUUUAUAUUCAGAAAGUCUGACGCCCUCCCUUUACGGUCACGGCUGCUGCUGACGUCUGGAUGGUGACCACAUGAUGUUUCUGUGAAUAUGAAGUGGAUCUCUACUUCUCCACUGGGCUGAAUUUGGCCUUAGAAACGCACAAAGCUUCAGAGGCAUAUCUGAAAAAGCUCAACACACCUGGUCGGGUGACUGAACGUGUUUUUUGUAUUCUCUGUUCAGUGGGAUUUAAUGAUUUGGACUGAUCUCAGCGUCAGUAGCUUCUUCUUCUGUAGAGCUCUAACGACACAUCCUGCAGGUUUCAUGUGAAAAAGGGUCUUUGUGUUUCCGUUACAUCAUCACAGAUUUAUACAGUAGAGGAUUAGAGCCACAGAGGAAAUGCGGGUUUUGAGUCUCUUCAGAAUUCUGACUUUUUCCCAUAAUUCAGAAAUUGAACACGGGGCUUUAAACCUAAAUUAUGACUCGACUCAAAAAGUGCCAUUUAUUCCGUAGAAUCUGGACUAACAUCUAAAUUCAUGGUUUAAAUUCAGAUUAUCUUUCUUUUAAACUCAAUUUCAGACUUAAAACGCAGAAUGCAGACCUUCCACUUUUCUUACAUUUCCCAAGUUCUGACUUCAUUCCUAUGAUUUGGACUUUAAAACUCAGAAUUGGGACUUUAUUCUUAGAACUUGGACAUAACAAGUUAGAAUUUCAAUUGUUAAACUCACUUAAAAUCUGAAUUUGACUUAAAACUCAAAAUCCAGACUUUGUUCUUAAAAUUCAGACUUUAAACUCAGAAUCUGGACUUUAGAUUUUGCAUUCUAUUCAGAGAAUUUGGACUUUAUUUCCCCAAAUCUGACUUAAAACUCAGAAUUUUGGACUUUAGAUUUUCUAUUCUGAAUGUUUUAACUCAAAUUAAAUGUGGACAUUUGACCCUAAUCCUUUCCUAUAGAUUUGCACCCGGCUUUUACCACAACUCCCAUCCACAGUCGAAAUACUUCUUAGUAAAACCCCUGUUUUGUUAUAACGACGUGCCUUGUUUCAGGCGUGUUGAUCCUGGCACACGUCCAUAAGUCCUUGCAGCCCGACUGUGUGCCAGGAGCAGGAAGCGUGAAACUGUUAAGGAGCUGUAGACAUAUUUCCCAUCAUGCCCUGCUGUCUUAACAACAGAUUUAAGACAAUAUAUUCAACCUUUUUCUCCUGAAAUCUGCUUCCUCUAUAACUCUGGAGGAGCUUAGGAAUAGUGAUAAAGCCAUCAGACGUUUAGAGAACCCUCCCUGUGGAUCUCCAGAUCUGUUUACGAUCCGUUUCCUACUUUACAAACUCCCACUGAAGAGUCGUUUUGAGGGCUGAUGGGCGCGGAAGAGCAGUGAACGGGGAAAAUGUGAGCUUUUAAAAGGGUACCCUCAAUAUCUUUCUACCUGGACCCUGUUUGUUACUUAAAAUGGUUCAUUGAAUCUUUUCUUACGGGCCUAUAUUGAUAUUACAAGUGUCUGACAACAUAUCAACACGAUCCUACAGAGAAAUGUACACCUUUGUUUACUUCCACAUUAACAAGGGGUGGUAAUCUCACGUAGAAAGGUCUCAUUUACUCAAAGCUACACUUUCUGUACCCCGACACAACAAACAGUAACAACUCUCUCUCACGUUUACACCCUUUGAAUCACGCGACACCCUAAAAACAUAGUAAAAGGUAAAGGAAUGUCUCUGUAGUGUCCUCUGUAUUAUGCUGUCACACACUUACAGUAAGUAGGGGACGUUCAUUUACUCAAGUGCUGUUUUUAUGUACUUUACCUGAGUGUUUCCAUGUAAUACUCCUACUCCAAUACACUCAUUCCUUUAUUAAACUGCCUUUGACUGUACAUUUUAGUGAUAAAAACAGGAUCAUUUUAUAUUCUAGUUAUUUAAUGCUUUGAAAAGAGUCAUUGUGCAUUAAGUACUUUCAUACUUUAAGUUAAAUUAGCUCAAUGCUGCCUAAUUUAACUUGUAAUGGAGUAGUUUUGGACAAAAGUAUUUACUUGAGUAAAAGACCCGAGAACAUCUUCCACUUCUGAAAUUGAGCCGUUGUUAUUAUUUAGACUUUUUAUUUACUGAUUUAUACAUUUAUUUUGUUCAAAAUACAACACAAAAGUGUGAAUCCUGAAAUAUUUUUACUUUUGAUUUAACUUUGGGCUCUGCAAUAACAUAUGGUUGUUACAUCAGAGCAUUUAUAAGAAGUGAGUCAAACCUUUACUGUAAAACAACAACAACUGAAGUCUUGUUUAAACCUUAAUAAUUCAAAAAAAUAACAAGUGGUUCACCUGUUACAAAAGAGGCCCAAUCCAACUCAAACUACAGGAACACAGGGUCCAGGUGGAUGAACAGAUGUACCUCUUUACAUAUUUUAGGACUGAGGACAAUCUUAGCAGCCGGGUUUCUGUCAGCUGCCACUGCGCUUCCUGCCUGACGUCUCUCAAACCCUCUGUUACAAAGGAGCACGUGUCUGUAAAUAUUUCUGCGUGUGCAGUUCCAUGAAGCUCCGUUAAAAAGAACCUUUUCAGAUCUGUACAAUAUUUAAAUAAAGAGUCUAGUAUUUAUUA